UCCAGAAACAGUUCGCAGUAAGAGGUUUAGCUGUUCUUAUACUAACCAGAGAAUCUGACGCAUUAACCGUGGACACAGCACCGUGAUUAUUCCUUGUGGAAAUAUAGCUAUUCCUCUAUAAGACCUCCAAGACUAGCGUUUUGAUGUCACAUUCCCAAAGCAACUGAGCCCCGUCAGAGAAUCAGCAGACAUAAAGGCAGCCAAAGGAUUCUUCAUCUUCAGAGAGGCUAAAGGAUAAGGAAGAAGGGAGGCUUUGAAGCUGGAACACCCACCACCCUUAUUGAAUAAUGGUGACUUUUUGAGAGUGCGUUGAUCUCAGGUCAAGGCCUACAUGCCACUGUGAUCACCAAGAAGCGGACAAAGGAAAAAAAAAUAAUAAUUAAAAGGAGGUGCAAAUCUCAUCACUGAGAGACGAUCCCCUCACACACUGAAUUCUGGGAAACAUGCCAGCCAAGACGCCCAUGUACUUAAAGACUACCACACCCAAGCGGGGGAAGAAGCUCAAGCUGCGAGAUGACCUGUCCAGUGACAUGAUUAGCCCCCCACUAGGGGACAUGCGCCACAGUGCCCAUGUCGGGCCGGAGGGGGAGGGCGACAUGUUCGGAGACGUGGGCUUUUUGCAGGGCAAGAUGGACAUGUUGCCCGCCCUGAAUUGCUUACCACGCUCCCACAGUAUGGAGAGGCAGCAGGAUGAAGCCUACCCCAUGAACGACAAAGGACCCAACCACUCUUGUAACAACCACCGCAACCCCUACCACCACUCCACCAGCCUGCUGAAGAGCACCAUCUCCAUGCCUGUGUUCAUCGCCCCCGAGCAGGCCCCGCCCAAGCCGCCUCGGCUCCACCUGGAGGACUCGACCCCCCCGUCCCAGCAGCAACAACACCAACUUCAGCCGAACAACCAUAACCACAACCACAACAACCAGCAGCAGCAUCACUCCAUGUCUGUGUGUGACCAGGGUGUCGGCUGCUACAUGGACCCCUGCCACGACCGUAGCUACUCUGCCUCCUUCAGGCACCUGGUGCCCUCCCACGGCUCCUUCUCAGAGGUCUCCUCAGAGGACUCCAUGUCAGAGAGCUUUGGCCCCCUGGACCCUCGGAGGGGGCUGAGCCUGGAUUCAGACGCUGGCCUGAGCAAUGAGGACCUGGGGAGUGAGCGGAGUGAGUCGCCCACCGUGUGCCCUAGGUUCUCUCCCGGUGUCUCCCGCUCAGAGUCCCUGAUGGGCUUGGAUCUGGACCUGGGGCCGUCCAUCCUGGAGGACGUGCUGAGGAUCAUGGACCGCUACAAGAGCGUUGAUGACCGCUGUGAGUUGUGAGCAGAUGGGGGGGGAAAGGGGAUUAGACACUGCUGUGCAAUGAGGUGUCUGGGACACUUUUUUUUUGCCACCCUCCAUAUAGCCUAAUGAUGAUUGGGCUGGUCCAACAAACAGACAGAGACAGAGGAUAGUGCCAGGACUGACAGGCUAAAAAGCCUGGGACUUAAGACGCUGGAACUGUGGGGCUAUGUAAUUUCCAGACUGGAAACACAGCAACUUCAGAACCAACCAUUUGUCUUUUGAUAUUCAGAUUCACAAUGGGGGAGAGACAAUCAUUUCUCCCACCCAAAUGUUGUCUACAUUUUCGCAGACUAUCAUUUUACAUGUUUUUCAGCAUUUAACUAUUGUUAGGGCACAUAAUUCAUACUUUACUAACUCCCUAAGUAAGCUCGGUAGAUUUUUAUUUUACCAUUAUUUAACUAGGCAAGUCAGUUAAGAACAAAUUCUUAUUUACAAUGACGGCCUACACCGGCCAAACCCGGACAA